GGUGACGUUUGAGGAUGUGGCCAUGUAUUUCUCCCCAGCGGAGUGGGCACUGCUGGGCGAGGAGCAAAAGCAACUUUACAGACACGUCAUGUGGGAAAAUUACCAGACUCUGGUCUCACUAGGAAUCCAGACCCCCAAGCCAGUGGUGAUCUCCAGCAUAGAGCGAGGGGAAGAGCUGUGUGUCCAGGGUCUCACAGAAGAUGGAGACAUCCUAAGAGGCACCCACCCAGCAGGGGCGAGGAACCUGAGCAGGGCUGAGGGGCAGACUCCUGAGGAAGGGCGUGGCAACCUGGAGCCACUCAAGCCUUUCCCAGGGACAUCAGGGAAGAACCACUCCCAGAAAACUGAAUGGAGAAGACACCACAAGAGG